AUGGACGUCGACGUCGACUCGGACCCCGCCGCCACGAGCAAGCCUACCCAAAUGGACCUCGAGGAACAGACGGACGCGAAGGGGAAGGGGAAAGCAGAGGAGGGGAGCAUGAAGAGAGAGGAGCUCGCUGACUCCAUCGGGGGCCUCUCCAUUGGCCCGGGGCGCACCAAUUUCAAGAAGAAGCCCGUGAUCAUCAUCGUCAUCGGCAUGGCCGGGACGGGGAAAACGACAUUGAUGCACCGGCUGGUGUGCGAUAUGCAAGCCUCAAACAAGAGGGGCUAUGUCGUUAACCUUGACCCCGCGGUGAUGACACUACCCUUUGGGACCAACAUCAAUAUCCGCGACACUGUGCGGUAUAAGGAUGUAAUGAAGGAGUAUGGGCUUGGUCCUAAUGGUGGCAUCCUCACCUCGCUCAACCUUUUUGCCACCAAGUUCGAUGCGGUUGUGUCUAUCAUUGAAAGACGUGCAGAUCAACUGGAUUAUGUACUUGUGGACACUCCUGGGCAGAUUGAGAUCUUCACUUGGUCGGCUUCGGGAGCUAUCAUUACUGAAGCUUUUGCAUCAACAUUUCCAACGGUUGUUGCAUAUGUUGUCGACACACCCAGAUCAACAAGCCCUGUUACUUUUAUGAGCAAUAUGCUUUAUGCCUGCAGUAUUCUCUAUAAAACCCGCCUCCCUUUAGUCCUGACAUUCAACAAGGUUGAUGUCGCCAAGCAUGAGUUUGCUAUCGAAUGGAUGAAAGACUUUGAGGCAUUUCAGACAGCUUUGGAGUCGGACAAAUCUUAUUCCGCUACAUAUACACAUAGCCUCUCUCUGGUCCUUGACGAAUUCUACAAGAAUCUACGCUCUGUUGGAGUAUCUGCGGUGGCUGGUACUGGAGUCAAUACAUUUUAUGAAGCUAUAGAAGCAAGCGCCGAGGAAUAUAUGGAAACCUACAGGGCUGAUCUUGACAAGAGGAUUGCUGAGAAGGAAAGAUUGGAGGCAGAACACAGGAAGGAGAACAUGGAAAAAUUGCAGAGAGAUAUGAUGAAAUCUAAAGGACAAACUGUGGUGCUCAGUACUGGUUUGAAGGACAAAAAUCCUGCUUCAGACAUGAUGGAUGAUGCUGAGGAUGAAGAAGAAGAUGAAUUUGAGGAGGAAUUUGAAAAGUCUGGGUUUAUUGUGGAUGAUGAAGGCGGGGAAGAUGAAGGAGAAGAUGAGGAAGUGGCUCAUUUUGGCUUUUGA